AUGUAUUCAUGUUUAAAGCAAAUAUCUGAUCAUUUACAAUGUGAACAUGUUUGUAUAACAUUAUCAAAUCGUAUAAUUGCAUCAAGUACAGGAUGGUCACGUUUAACUCAAGCUGAACAACAUGUUUUAACACUUCUUAUUGCAUUAAAUGAUUAUUCAAAUGAUAUUUUACCAAUUGUUCGUGAUAUGCCCGUCUAUCUUGAUUCAAUUGAUCGUUCACAUAAUUAUCGUUUACUUUCUAUUCGAUUACUUGGUCAAAUAUAUGUAUCAAUACUUUGUUCAACAACACCAAAAAUGAGUGAAUUUGAAACUGUUGUUGAUCGAUAUUGUCAUUCACAAACAGAACAUAUACAAAAUUUAAAUAGUCUUUUAUAUCCACGUUCAUUUCAUGAUAAUAUUGUUUUCGAUCAUAAUAUUCAAGCACUUUUAUAUAUUAAUCGGCAAACACAUUUUUGUGUGAGUACAUUAGAACCAAUAAAAAGCAAUACACCAUUAUCAAGAACGAUUAAAAAACAUCGUUAUAGACUUUUAAAACAAUUCUAUAUGGAAAUAGUUCGAAUGGAUAAAGAAAAAUUAUUAUCAUUUGAUAAUAUAAAGAAUGAACCAAGAAUGAAUGAAAUGUAUAUGGUAAAUGAUGAUGAUGAUCAAAUUGAACAUAAAUGUUAUUUUCUUCGAGAACAAGAUUAUUUUGAAUUAUAUGUUUUAUUUGAUGUAAACAUUCCAACACUGGCAAUGAGAGGAAUUGCAAAAAAAACAUUGUUAAUACUUAGAAAAAAUUUGUGA